UCCAGCGAUCCCCGCGCGGUCCGCGGGCCCAGGUUUGAGACGCCCUACGUACAACAGAUGGAGGUGUGUUCACUCUUUCUUAAAGUCGAGUCGAGUCCACGGGCAGGAACAAGGAAGUGUGAGCAUCAUCUCUGAUUCAACCCUAAACUCGGCAGUAAACAGGAGCCGACAUGUCAACAUCUGAGCUGAGGCUGGUGGUGCUGGGCCGGGCGGGGGCAGGAAAGGGAUCAGCAGUCCAGACCAUCCUGGGCCUGCAGGACUCUCAACCCGGCACAGAGGCCGCCGUCAUCCAGGAGUGCAGCAAACACAGAGGAGAGGCCGCAGGCAGACAGGUUGUGGUCGUCUCCUGUCCACCGUGGUUCGGCUCUGGCUGCGACCCCGAGGAACGGAGACGGCACAUCUCCUCCUUUAUCGCCCUGUCCAGCCCGGGGCCGCACGCCUUCCUGCUGUGUGUCCCUGUGAACCAGCCGGCCGACGCCGAGGCCAAGGCGCUGGACGUCCUGAAGGAGCUGUUCGGCCCCUCGGCGGUCAGCACCAACACCAUCGUGCUCUUCACCUACACCGAGGAGCUGGCGGAGGACGAGCAGCUUGAGGAAUACCUCGUCACGUGGCGCAAGGACCUCCGGGCGCUGGUGGAAAGAUGCAGCGACAACUACCACACGCUGGAGACGCGCGGCGGGGAACCGGAGGAGGGGCGAGCGGUGGAGGAGCUGCUGGAGAAGGUCGAGCAGGCGGCGAGGGAGAGCGGGACGCCGCACUUCACCUGCGCUCUGUACCGCGAGGCCGAGGAAAAAAUCCGAGAGAGGCAGGUCGAGAUGGCGAGACAGAAGAGAGGAGAGGAUUCACGACCUGAGGAAAACGUCACGGAGGAAGAAAUGGCGGCAGUGCGGGACGAAGCGGAGAGGAGCGUAGCUGACUUAAAUGUGAAUAUAGAAAGUGUUUUCCCCUCUGCAGUCUCCCCUUCGUCCCCUGCUGCCUCUUCGUCUCUCUGGGGCUUGUGGGAGAAGCUGAAAGGCUGGCUGAGGUGGCUGCCCAUGAUGGUGAGAGUGGAGGCCCUGCUGGGAUCACUGGUCAGCCUGUUUGUGGGAGGGCAGUAUGGAGGUAUGAUGGGGGCCACUGUGGGAUCGGUGGCUACUGAGGUAGGGAGAAGAAAAGUAAAGAAAACUAAAUGAGAGGCAAUCUCGUGUUAAUGUAUUAUGCAUUAAAGUGCUCAUAUUAUGCUUAUUUUUCAGGUUCGUAAAUGUAUUUACUAUAAGAAUAGGUUUACAUGGUUUAAUUAAAAAAAAAAAAAAAACAUAUUUUUGUUGUACUGCACAUUGCUGCAGCUCCU